ACUUCCGACUAACUCCGUUCCUCUUCCUGCACAUGUAAUCAUGGCGCCCCCCAUUCCUCUGCUCGCAGUGCGUGGAUCAGAGGGGACAUCUUUGUUGUGCGGACCCCCGCAGUGUGAGGAUGCCUCCUUCUUCCAGAGGGACAGUCGGCCCAGCAGGUCGGUCGCCUUCAGCAGGGACGGGACGCUCUUUGGCUGGUGCAAUGGACACAGUGUGUCUGUGGUAAAAUGCGCCGAUGGCUCUGUGGUGUCCACCUUGGAUCUCCCAAAAACGGCACUGCUGGAGUUCUCUCCCCUCAACAGCAUCCUGGUUACCUGGCAACCGUACACCAAGACUCAGGACAGUCCUCAGGGUGACGCCAACCUGCAGCUGUGGGAGUUACCGAGUGGCCGGAUGAUCAAAGCUCUGUAUCAGAAGAAAGUGGACUCCUGGUGUCCCAGAUGGUCUGAAGAUGAGAAGCUCUGUGUUCGGAGCGUCAACAACGAGCUGCACUUCUUUGAGAACAACGAUUUCAAUUCAAUCGCCAACAAGUUGCACAUGCAGAAAGUAUCUGACUUUGCUUUGUCGCCUGGAGCUCAGCCCAGCAAGGUUGCCAUAUAUGUCCCAGGAAUCAAAGGAGCGCCAUCAUUUGUGCGUCUGUAUCAGUACCCGGUUCUGGGCGGGCCGAGCGCUGCGCUGGCCAACAAGAGCUUCUUUAAGGCAGAUAAAGUCAGAAUGCAGUGGAACCAAAAAGCGUCGGCCAUCCUGGUCACGGCGAGCACCGAGGUGGACAAAAGCGGAGCUUCAUAUUAUGGCGAGCAGACAUUGCACUACCUGGCAGUGAACGGAGAGACGGCGCUGGUUCAGCUCGCGAAAAACGGGCCAAUCUACGACGUGGCGUGGAGUCCAAACUCCAUGGAGUUCUGCGUGGUGUACGGCUUCAUGCCGGCCAAAGCCACGGUCUUCAACCUGAAGUGUGACCCGGUGUUCGACUUUGGCACCGGUCCCCGCAAUGCUGCCUACUACAGUCCUCAGGGUCACAUCCUUGUACUGGCUGGCUUCGGGAACCUAAGAGGCCAUAUGGAGGUUUGGGACGUGAAGAAGUAUAAACAGGUGUCCAAGCCCGAGGCUCCGGACGCCACCUUUUUCUCCUGGUGUCCGGAUGGCGAGCACAUCGUCACGGCAACGUGUUCCCCUCGGCUGCGGGUCAGUAACGGAUUUAAGAUCUGGCACUACACAGGCUCGGUGCUGCACAAACACAGCGUUGCUGAGAACUCGCAGCUUUGGGAGGUGUGCUGGCAGUCCUUCCCAAGCGGGGCGUUUCCUGAGCGCCCCGUAAAAUACCAGGCAGCACCCAGUGAGCUGGGGACCACUCAGGCUGCACCCACGCAGGCGUACCGCCCACCAGCACUGAGACACCUACCCGCCACACCCAGCACCAAACUGCAUGAGGAUGAGCCUCCUCAGGACCUCCGAAAAGGACACUCAGGAGAGAAGAGUCUCUCCAAGUCUGCUCUGAAGAACCAGAGGAAGCGCGAAGCUAAGAAAGCAGCCAAACAGGAGGCCAAACCUGACCCUGAACCUGCGUCUGCUCCCGCCCCUGUGAGCAACAGCCAAUCAGAGGCAAGCAGCGGCGACCCAGAGACAGACAAGAAGAUCAAGAAUCUAAAGAAGAAGCUAAAGGCCAUCGAGGAGCUGAGGGAGCAGCAGGCGUCUGGAAAAGUUCUGCAGAAAAACCAGCUUGAGAAGAUGCAGAAGGAGGAGCAGCUGCUGAAGGAGCUGCAGGAGCUGCAGAUUGAACAGUAGGAGGCCAUAUUCACCUCCCAUCAUGCUUCACUCUGUCACACAUCCUGGAUCAGUGGCGCCAUCCUCUGAUUUACAGACUGGAUGGAGGCGGAGUUUCAUCAUGAACCUUUGUUGUUUCAGCUGAUCAGUUAGAUACAGAUAUUUUAGAUCAGUUCUGGGAAAUGUAGGCAGCAGCAGGUUUUAGUUCAACGGCUGUUUUUUUUGUGAAAGAUGGAAAAUGCUGCCUCAUCUGUACAUAAUUCUUUAACAAUAAAAGCCUCUUCUGA